GAAGGGGGAGCGGCUCAGUGCUCGGUGCUGCCAUGCUGUGUCCAUCACAGCUAGCGACAUCAAGUAAAAGAGGCCUCUGCAGGGUUAAACCCAGUGCAGGUUAACAUGGAAACAGUUCUGCAGAGUGAUUCAGACAAAGAAAUGGCUGCUCAGGAAGUGGAGCCUGUACUAUCAGAUGAGGAAGGAGCCAUACGUAGCUUAUCCGCGCUUCCAGUAGAGAACAGUACAGAUCGACGAGCCCUUUGUGCUCGGUGUAGCCGUCCUCAAAAAGUGUGUCUGUGUCCUUUCCUGCCUGUGUGUCCACUUGAUGUUUCCACUAGCUUGUACAUUGUACAACAUCCAGCAGAGGAGGGUAGAGUACUUCGGACAGUGCCUCUUUUAGCGGCUUGCCUUCCACAGGAUAAGUGCAAUGUUCUAAUUGGUCGACGUUUUGGUGAAGAAAGAUAUCCAGAGCUAGCAACUGUUUGCAGGAACCCUGGCACCUUCAUCCUUUAUCCUGGAGCUGAAGCUGCUAAUUUGGAAGAAAUGUCCUUGGCAGAUGUUCAGCCCCCGUAUGCUCUCAUCAUAAUAGAUGGAACCUGGAGUCAGGCCAAAGACAUUUUCUACAAAAACACCCUUUUUCGGUGGCCUAAACAGGUUCAGCUGAAAACACCAAUAUCAAGCCAAUAUGUCAUUCGGACUCAGCCCACCAAUACGUGCCUUUCUACCCUGGAAUGUGCUGCUGUUGCACUCUCUAUUAUGGAGAAAAGGACUGAGAUUCAGGAGAUUAUCCUCCGUCCUCUCCAAGCUCUGUGUUCAUUCCAGCUACAGCAUGGCGCUCAGGUUCAUCACAGCAAGGAGCAUCUACUUAAAAAUGGCCUGUAUAACAAACCAAUGCCAAAGAAUAAACGCAAACUGAAGAGGAUGGAGCUCUUGGUUAACAACGUUAAAAUUUAGAGACCCAUUUGUGUUUUAGGUGUGCACAUUAAGAGACAAAGGAUCUUCUUGGCACAUACAGUGUGGCCAGCUCAGGUUCGAUUGCUGGCAGUUAUCAAAACAAAUGGGAAAUGCUAGUUAAGGAGCGUUUUGUAUUUAAGAUCAAACAGGUUGUUUUGUUUAUUUAGUAUUCACUAAAAGAUAGAGAGGCCUAUCUGAAGCAAUGUCGCUAUAAUUUUGUAUUUGUCUUAAAAUUGUAUGGCUAAUUA